GACGCCACCCCUUCAGGCCGCGCGGUUGAGGGAACUUACCUCUGCGCCAUCUUCCCUGGGGGCUGCCUGUGACGUCGUUGGAUUCUGCAUCUUGAACUUUUGGAGAUCAUCUGAGCUUCAGAAUUUCUACCAGAACUGGAGCAGCUACCUUUCAACAUUAAAAGGUGUCUACAAGGAAAUAGCCCAGCGGCUGCAAUCAACUGCAAUCCCAUCAACACCUUCAUGAUGUUUCCCUUGGCUAGAAAUAUAUUGAGAAGUGUCAAGAUUCGAAGCUUUCAGCAAAUAAGGGCAAGACAGAGCCACAAGAAGCACUCCCCAGAUUUCCAUGACAAAUAUGGUGACACUAUACUAGCCAGUGGCUCCAUUUUCUGUGUUGUUGCAUGGUUAUUUACAGCUACACAGAUUGGAAUAGUAUGGAACCUGUCCCCUGUUGGCAGAGUCACUCCAAAAGAAUGGAAUGAUAAGUAACCAUCACAGUUACUGUAACACAGAAUUGUCUCAAAAUCAACCUUUCAUUUAAGCACUCUGCUGCUCAUUUAAAU